CACCAGACGUUUGCCACUAUCACAUAUUAAUAUCCGAUUCUCUGUGUAUUAUUCCUACUCUGAUAUUCUUCGACUUUGGUUCGAUCGACAGAGAUUCCUGUUCAGAUCAGUCUGUAAGAAACAGUAAUGGCCGAUCCAGCAAGUGAAGGGACCGGAACCACCAUGUUUUCUCCAUACAAGAUGAGCAAGUUCAAUCUCUCGCACAGAGUGGUUCUGGCGCCGAUGACGAGAUGCAGAGCUUUGAAUGGAAUUCCGAAUUCAGCGCUGGCGGAGUACUACGCUCAGCGGUCGACUCCCGGCGGAUUUCUCAUCACUGAAGGCACCAUGAUCUCCCCUUCUGCCGCCGGGUUUCCACACGUUCCUGGAAUUUUCAGAGAAGAACAUGUGGAGGCAUGGAAGAAGGUAGUGGAUGCUGUUCAUGCCAAAGGAGCCAUCAUAUUCUGUCAGCUCUGGCAUGUUGGACGUGCAUCUCAUCAAGUUUAUCAACCUGGUGAAUGUGCACCGAUAUCCUCGACAUGCAACCCCAUCUCGAAAAGGUGGAGAAUUCUGAUGCCAGAUGCAACCCAUGCCAUUUAUCCGAAGCCUCGAGCCUUAGAAACCUCUGAAAUACUAGAGGUGGUAGAGGAUUACCGUCGGGCAGCAGUGAAUUCUAUUCGGGCAGGAUUUGAUGGAGUGGAGAUCCAUGGAGCCCAUGGAUACCUCAUUGACCAGUUCUUAAAGGAUGGGAUCAAUGACCGAAAAGAUGAGUAUGGUGGAUCAUACACAAACCGGUGCAGAUUCUUAAUGCAGGUGGUUCAAGCCAUUGCUGGAUCCAUUGGUGCAGAUCGACUUGGUGUCAGAAUUUCACCGGCAAUUGAUCACCUUGAUGCCAUGGACUCAGAUCCACUCAGCUUAGGCCUUGCUGUGAUUGAGAGACUUAACAUACUCCAGAAAAACCUGGGUUCAAAACUCACAUACCUCCAUGUGACUCAGCCUCGCUAUACAGCUUAUGGACAAACAGAAUCAGGCAGGCACGGCAGUGAAGAAGAGGAGGCUCAAUUUAUGAAGACUGUGAGAACAGCUUAUCAGGGUACUCUCGUUGUUAGUGGUGGGUUCACCAGGGAGCUUGGAAUGCAAGCUGUGGCUCAAGGUGAUGCUGAUUUGGUAUCCUAUGGUCGUCUCUUCAUCGCAAACCCUGACUUGGUAUCGAGAUUUAAGGUCCAUGCACCAUUGAAUAGGUAUAUUAGGAAGACUUUCUACACGCAGGAUCCUGUCGUUGGGUACACAGAUUACCCCUUUUUGAGCUCAACAAGUGGGCGCCCUGAAUCACAUUCUCGCCUUUAAAUGUGAUGGUAAUGUAUUAUUUUUCGUAAUGAAUAAUUAUGUAAGUGAAUGUCUUGGGUAAGAACUUGAAGACUUCCAUUUUUAUUAAGGAGAUGGCAAGAUUUCUGAAUACUGAUAUAUUAAUAUACAUGUUAUGCAUCUGGGAGAAAAGAAGGUGACAUGUAA